AUGGGCAGAUUUUAUAGUAUAGACAGGGUCAUAGGUUCCCCGUCAUUUUUUGAAAAUGGGCCAGCAAACAAAAUGAAUUUAAAUAACAUAUCAUGCAUUAAUUGCAGAGAAAAAUUAAAGAAUUUUAAAAAUAUUAUUAUUCAUUAUAUUAUGCAUAAAAAUAUAUGUCCAUUUUGUCUUGCAUGUUACCGUUCUUAUAAACAAUUUUAUGAUGUAAAUGGACAUUUAAACACCAAAAAAUGUAAAAAUGAACAAAAUAAAAUUAUUACAAAUAAUCAAAAAAGAGAUAGCUUUUAUAAAAAAUUAAUGGAUAUUACUGGUGAAAAAAUAAAAUAUCCAACAAAUGAUCCAGAUGACCCAUGUAAACAUUUAUGUAACCAAAACCAAGAUGAAAUUUUUUAUCAAGAAAAUAAUGAAAAUAAUGAAAAUAAUCAAACAAUUGAUAAUGAAGAAAAUCAUGAUAUAAUUGGGUUGGUAAAUAGUGAAGAUGAAAACAAUGAAAUUAGAAUAGAUGAAAAUGAAGCAAACAUUAAUAAUGAAAAUAAUGAAAAUAAUGAAAAUGAAAAUGCUCAAAACGAACCAAUAAAUAAUAAUCUAAAUAAUAAUUUAGAUAAUGAAAAAUCAAAAAAAAAAUUAAAUGAAACUGAAAUUGAAUUUUUAAUGUUGGGAAUUGAAAACUCAAUAAGUUUAAAGCUACUUGAAAAAUUUAAAAGUUUUAUUGACAAAAAUAAAACCAAUUUAAAUCAAAUAAGAUACACACCUCAAUAUAUGGAUAAAUUAUUUAUGGAAGAUUUUCAAAUAAAAGGAGAAACAUUUAUAAAUAAAAAUUAUGAUCACUCAAUUUUUUAUUUUGAAAUUAAAAAAGUAUUAGAAACUUUAUUAAAUAAAAAGCAAUUUUUUGAAAGAAUAGAUUUUGAUACAGAUUUUGAAACUGGAAUUUAUACAAAUUAUAAAAGUGGUCAACAAUUUAAAGAUUUAAAAAAUAAAAAUAAAAAUAAAAUUGUUUUACUUAGAAUAUUCACUGAUAGUAUGCAGUGUCAAAACAAGAAAGAUUAUACUAUAAUGCUGGAUAUAGAAAAUUAUAUUGGAAAUGAAUUUAAAAAUAAUAAAUUAUUAUUAUUUGUAGUACCAAAUGAUUGGUUACUUAAUUUUCAUCAAACAAUUAGGGCAUUGUUUUCAUCUUUUAUUGGUAAUGGCUUUAAUUUAAUUAUUGAAAAUGAACAAAUAGAUGUUGUACCGUUUGGACUGACAAUGGAUAUUCCAGAAUUUAGAGCAUCGUGUAAACUUAAUGGACAUAAUUCAAAUGAAUAUGCAUGUCACACAUGUGACAAACCAAGAGAUGGUUUAUUUAUUUGCAUUAAGAAAACAAGAAGAUAUUACAAAUUUUCACUCCACCAAACCAAAUUAUGCUGA